AUCGCGACAACCAGGAAGUGGCCUGCGCGCGCCCUCACUGCACGGAUACUCAGGCUGCGGCGUAAUGUGUUCCAAACAGAGAAGGAAUCUUCCCGCAGAGGCCAAAUAACAGCAGCAGACUGACAGUUUUUUAUUGAUAUACGCCUUUUGUUUAAAUCUCCUAAGAUAAAUAGUUAAAAGGUAACCAGAAAUGGGCCCCGGGUGAAGGAAAGAAGCUUCCAGAAGCCUUGCGGGUGUUGGAGUGGAGGCAGGGGCGGAGCGGUCCGCGGCCGGGAAGGAGCUUAGCUGCCGGGAGAAGCAGAAGGAGUCUCCGGCCAUUAUUUUAUAGGAACGGAAUUCCAUUCCCGCAAAAUUGAAGCACCCUCCCCGUCCCUAGGGUGCCUUCCUGAUUCUGUUUGGGAGAGUUCAGACCAGUAUCAUCGCCAAGAUAGCCGGGCCGGGCAGGAAGCGGCACACCUCAGAUCCAGACCCCAGCGGCGGUAGUGAUUCCGGCGACGGGCGGCCCGUCAGUGCCAAGUGCCCGAAGAUGGCGAGCAGCGGUGCAGCCGGUAACGGGUCGGUGGGCCGUCGCGGAGGAGCCCAGCAGAGAGGGGGCGGCGGCGGCAGGGACGGUGCCGACCUGCCCUCCAGUGCCAGCAAGAAGAAGCAGAAGGACCGGGCCAACCAGGAGAGCAGGGAGGCCAAGCGGGCGGCCGCUGCAGCAGCGGAGGGGGUUAUUGCCGAAGUCAAGAAAGACGUGUUUGUGGACUGGAAACAGAAUGUGAAUGAAGUGACUGUCAGACUGCGCUGUGGGGACGGCGUGCUGAGGAUAGAGGAUAUCAACACAACCUUCACUGAUACGCACUGCCACGUGCGCUUCCCUGAUGGACGGCAGUGGAGCUGCCAUUUGCAGGAGGAAAUCGAGGCGUCAUGUAGCCGAGUCCAGCACAAGGAGAAGGGAGGCUUCCUGCAUGUCAUCAUGCAGAAGAAGAUUCCCUUCCACAUCUGGCCUUCGCUUAAGUCCAACAAGAAGGAAAAGGAGGCAGCACCCACAGAGAACAACAAGGACACGCAGGAGGAGGUGAAGCUCGUUUCUUUGGAGCCAACAGAGAAACCCAAACUCCAGCCUCCCUCCUCACCUGCACCCGUCGAGUCCAGACGCGGCGGCAAGGUCGAGCGGGGUGUCAAGCGUGGCCUGAAAAGCAAACCGGCGUUCGACAAGGUAGCCAAAGACUCUGUUGGGGUGAAAGAUGGAGCUAAAGAGGGCUCAACUUCCACCGGCAAGCCUGGAGCCACGCAAGGCGAACCUCAGGAACCCAGCGCCAAGCGUACCGUCGCACAGCUGCCCACCGCCGCCGGGGAGGCCACGCCCCCAGCCGCCGGGGACACAUGCUCUGCCAAGUCGGCAGCCGGUGGGAAAGCUCCACACAAACACCUGCCCGCUGGUCAGAGCCCGGCGACACGACGCAGAGAUGGAGACAUCCGAGCGGAGAGACUCGGAGGCGGCCAGGGACACGCGCUAGGAGCCGCUGGUGGCAGGCACGCCAACGGAACUGAGGUGGCAGAGAAGCCGGACUGGUUUGGAGCAACGGCACGCGGCAGCGACGGCAAACCAGAGGAUCCGAUCAGCAACACCGAUCGCCUCGAACCGGUCGGCCCCAACGGCCAAGUUGGCCUCGCCGCUUCUCCGGAGACACGGGGAGGGAGACCGGACUCCGGGCCGGAGGAGAAGCCCUCGCAGCAGGAAGCGGAGCAGGAUACUUCCACCUGCCAGCAGCUUGAAUCCAGAGAUGACGGUUCAACGGCAGCUGCUGGCGAGGCUGCCGUACCAAGCUGGUCACCUGGUGCUGCUCAGAGGCAGGGCAGCUGUGACGGAGAGGAGAAGCAGGACCAGUCCAAGGAGGAGCCUCCUUUGGAACUGAAACAACAGGAAGCCCCAGAGCCGAUGGUUAACUUGCAGAUUGUGAAGUACGACUCGUACGAGAAGGGCACCGACCUGAUGGUGGUCAAUGUUUACACAAAGGAGAUCUGCAGGGACACGGCGAGAGUCAUCUUCAGGGAACAAGACUUCACUCUCAUCUUUCAGACAAGUGACACUAACUUUCUGCGGCUUCAUUCAGACUGUGGACCCAACACGGUCUUCAAGUGGCAAGUGAAACUCAGGAACCUGAUCGAGCCCGAGCAGUGCAACUACUCCUUCACCCCGUCCCGACUCGACAUCACCCUGAAGAAAAGGCACAGCCAGCGCUGGGGGGGCCUGGAGGCCUCCGCCCCACAAGGUGCAGUGGGUGGCGCCAAGGUCGCUGUGCCCUCUGGUCCGUCCUGCAUGGAGAAGAGCCAGCCGGGCGGCAGCCAGCACAGCCUGCCAGCCAAGGAGGAGCCCCCGAGGGUCGGGGAGGAGAAACCCAAGCCGCCUAAGGCCUCAUCCAGAGUGGACGACUGUGGUCUGGACACAGUGGCUCCUCGCAGCGAGCACGUCGCUAUCACCAAGCCGGACCCCAUGCCUAAACCAACCUGCAUGGUGCAGCCCAUGAGCCAUGCACCGCCUGCCAGCAACGAGCGCCAUGAAGAAGAGGAGGAGAAGAAGGUGUGCCUGCCUGGUUUUACAGGAUUGGUAAACCUCGGCAACACGUGCUUCAUGAACAGUGUCAUCCAGUCCCUGUCCAACACCAGAGAACUCAGGGAUUACUUUCACGAUCGAGGAUUCGAGGCAGAAAUCAACUGCAAUAAUCCGCUGGGAACAGGAGGCCGGCUGGCCAUUGGCUUCGCUGUGCUGCUCAGGGCUCUUUGGAAAGGAACACAUCAUGCCUUCCAACCCUCAAAACUCAAGGCGAUCGUGGCCAGUAAAGCCAGUCAGUUCACAGGUUACGCCCAGCACGACGCCCAGGAGUUCAUGGCUUUCUUGUUAGACGGGCUCCACGAGGACUUGAACCGCAUCCAGAACAAACCUUACACGGAGACCGUGGACUCUGACGGGCGGCUCGAUGAGGUGGUGUCUGAGGAGGCAUGGCAGAGGCACAAGAUGAGAAACGAUUCCUUUAUAGUGGACCUCUUUCAAGGCCAGUUCAAAUCCAAGCUUGUCUGCCCCACGUGCUCCAAGGUGUCAAUCACCUUUGACCCUUUCCUCUACCUGCCCGUGCCCUUGCCCCAAAAACAAAAGGUGCUCUCUGUUUUCUACUUUGCCAAGGAGCCUCAUAAAAAACCUGUCAAGUUUUUAGUAAGUGUGAGCAAGGAGAACUCGAGCACUGCCGAAGUCCUGGAUUCCAUCUCCAGGAACGUCAGGGUCAGACCAGAGAACCUCCGACUGGCAGAGGUGGGGAAGAACCGUUUCCAGCGCCUCUUCCUGCCGUCCCAUUCCCUGGACAUGGUGUCUUCCUCCGACAUGUUGUUCUGCUUUGAGGUGCUUUCCAAAGACAUGGCCAAAGAGAGAGUGGUGUUGCUCCGGGUGCAGCAGAGACUUCAGGUCCCAAAUAUUCCCAUCUCAAAGUGUGCCGCCUGCCAGAAGCCUUCCCCAUCUGAGGAAGACAAGCUGAAGCGUUGCACUCGCUGCUACCGCGUGGGCUACUGCAACCAGGUGUGUCAGAAGACCCACUGGCCCAAUCAUAAGGGUCUGUGUCGGCCCAACGCGGAGAACGUGGGCCUGCCCUUCCUGGUCAGCGUGCCCGAGUCCCGGCUCUCCUAUUCCCGUAUCACCCAGCUACUCGAGGGUUACUCCAGGUUUUCUGUCAAUGUGUUCCAGCCUCCUUUCCAGUCAGGCAGGGCAUCCCCAGAAACAUCCCAGUGCCGGGGAGACCACCCGCCAAUGGCAGCAGGCCCUCCUGAGGGUCUCGGGCCAGGGGGUGAGGCCAUGGCUGGUGGUAAUACCUGUGCGGUGGGGGAUAUGGAGAGUCCCUCUCUAUUGCCUGAAUCCCAAGCCGAGUGUCCUCAAGCCUCUGCCCUCCCCUCCGGGGACUCGAAUUCCCUCUCCUCCUCCCAAACGUCGCUCUCCACCACGCAAACUGCAGAUUCUGGAUUUUCUGCGCCAGUCUCUUCCACCUCCUGCUGCUCUCUGGACCCUCAUGCUGAAAAGGAGACGUCCUGUGAGAAGGCAGUGCGACCGGAAGCUGCAGUAACUGGGUAUCAGCAUCCCAGUGAAUCAGCAUCAGGUCACGCCAGUCAGUUUUACAUCGCUCUGCUGGACUCUGACAACAAGGAGCAGAGGCUGGAUGAGAGAGAGGACCUUCUGGCCGACCUCCCCGAAGACACAAAGCUGGAGCUGGUGUGGAAGAACAACGAGCGUCUGAAGGAGUACGUCUUGGUGAGCUCCAAAGAGCUGGACUAUGACGAGGACCCCGGCUCUCUGAGUGAGACAGCCAGAGCGGGACACUUCACCCUGGAGCAGUGCCUCAACCUCUUCACAAAGCCAGAGGUGCUGGCCCCAGAGGAGGCAUGGUACUGUCCAAAGUGCCAGCAGCACCGAGAGGCCUCCAAACAGCUGCUGCUGUGGCGUCUGCCAAACGUUUUGAUCAUCCAGCUCAAACGCUUCUCCUUCAGAAGCUUCAUCUGGAGAGAUAAGAUCAACGACAUGGUUGACUUUCCGGUCAGGAAUCUGGAUCUAAGUCAAUUCUGUAUCGGCCAGAAGGAUGAGGAACAGAUGCAGCAGCCCCCCAUCUACGACUUGUAUGCCGUCAUCAACCACUACGGAGGAAUGAUCGGCGGCCACUACACCGCCUACGCUCGCCUGCCAAGCGACAAGAACAGCCAGCGCAGUGACGUUGGCUGGCGUCUGUUUGACGACAGCACGGUGACCAUGGUGGAGGAGAGUCAGGUGGUGACGCGCUACGCCUACGUCCUGUUCUACCGCCGGCGAAACUCCCCCGUGGAGAGGCCCCCGCGCUUCCUCAGGCCCGAGUCCCCCGCCUCUGCAGGAGCCACGGCCAGCCAGGCCUCUCGAAUUUGGCGGGAACUGGAGGAAGAAGAGGAGGGGCUCGACGAAGGCCCCCGCGGACUGUUCCGCUCCGCACCGCGGAGGCGCCAGGCGCCGAGGGACCGAGCCGAGGAGGACGGGAGGCCGGCGCGGCGGAGAGAGUCGGACUAUCCCGACGACGACCGCGUGCGCUAUUUUGUUCUGGGCACCUUGGCGGCCGUGUUGGCUCUGUUCGUCAACUUGGUCUACCCCCUCUUUAACAAAUCCAGCUGGACCUGAGCGGGGGCCACUCGCAGCCAACCGACAGACGUUUGAUAGGAACAUGUGGACGAGACAGCCAGAGGUUUUAAUCCUCUAAUGGAACAAGCGACUCAGUCAUCCGUCGGCCCCCCGUUACACCCCAACGCGUGAAGUGUUACUGUGACCCUCUAAAGGGACUCCAGCACGCCGAGCGCUGCUCCCAUCAGACUUUCUCAGUCCUGAUGGGAGCACCGAUUUUAUACCAGUGUUUGUUUAAUGAGCUUUAUGCCUCACUGUGUGGAAGAGACGGGGAUCAUUCUUUCAUGUGCAACACCAGACCGAAAUUAAACAUUGAUGUCCUAACUUUAAACUAAAAACAAAAUGGAGCAAACAUACAUAGAUGUUAAUGCACUGAAUUUCUAUUAAUAAGAUAAAUUGUACACGUGCAAUUUGUAAAAACAAAAGCAGGAGAUAAUAUUAAAGGAUAAACCUUUUUAAUAGAAGCAACAAAUAGAUUGAUUGAUACAGAUCUGACUGUAAAGUCCAAGAAAACAGCUUUAUUAAAGCUGCAGCACAACGAUACCAUCAGCAUCAUGCGUCUGUGCAUCGAACUGAAUGUUUGCUGUUCAACAAGUCACAUGUUUGAAGUGGCUGUCAGGUGACCAGCUCCUAACCGCCUUUCAGUUAGAUCACGUGCACGGAAACCAAGCCAUGUACUGCUGUGGAUGUGUGGUAGCUACCAGUCGGCGUGUACCUUGUAUUUAGAAUAUCUUUUACAGUCCUUUGAGACGUGGAACUAAAGGCAUUCAUCCACCCAGGCGCUCUUCAAAGACGCUCCUUUGGCUUCAUUUUAUAACACAAGAGUUGUUGCUUUAUCUGUUUGUGUGUGUGUGUGACUUUGUUGUUUUAAGAGGAUUAGUUCUUGUUCAACAAAGUCCCACAGUAACACACACCAGUUCUUUGAGUUAGAGACUGUUGUCAAAGGAAUCCUGUGACUCAGGGCUUCCCCCUGAUGUAAUGGUGGGGAAACACUUAAUAUAUUGACGUAUCGAUAGAUAAUAUAAAUGUUGGUACAAAGGGAAACGUGUUCUAGAGCUACAGCUGAAGCCUCCUUUUGUUUUUCUUGCACUAGACCUUUAAACGGAAGGUUGAGACGACCUGCUGAAUGGCUCAUGUGAGCAGAGAGUACUGUCAUUUGUGUGUGACCUUUGUGUUGCCUUUUUAACUUCUUCAAAUUUCUACAACAAGUGUUUUCUGGGUCUUUUUUUUUUUUAACUCCUGUUUGCCUGCAGCCCCGUCCUGAUUUUAAAAUGCUCUCUAAUAUGCACUGCAGUUCAUUGUCAUCUGUUGUCCUUGUUUCUUUGUUUCCCAUGUUAUUGAACUGCCUGUCAAAGUCAGUCUACAUUUCAUAUCGAAGCCAUAGUGCAGGUGAGGACUGAAGAGAUCAACCACUUGAUCUGUUUUAGAGAUCUACAUAAUUUCAUCAUAAAUGUUGGGAUGAAGCAGAUCUUGUCACAGCCACGGUGUGUGUAAAUGUUGAUUAAGGAUUGCUGUCCUCUGAAUGUAAUGUUUUCCAACGAGAUUCUCUGUUCGGAGUGGAAAGCUAUUGAUUGUGGACAGAUGUGGAGGUCGUGAAAUGUCAGCGUAGAGCCACUUUGCCUUAGAUGCUCAGCAGAGAACCGUCGCACUGUGUGUACGUGACUCAUGCAGUAUAUGCAAGCUUCUUUAGUGUGAUGUGGGAUGUCGUUUGGAAAGAGUGACUUGACAGGAAGUGAUGUACGCUUCCUGUCUGUACUGCAAUUUGAAGGAAACAUAGUAAUUUAAUUGCAAUAAUGUAUGUAGAUCCCUUUAUCUAAUUGCUGCUUUCUGAUCUAAUAUAUAUAUAUAUAUAUAAUCUCAUUGUACUGCUUUGAGAAAUAAAAUCUCCAUCUGUUUA